AUGAUUACUCAGGCUUGUAAUAUUUCUUGCAAAACUAGCCUAAUUAAGGAGUUUCUUGAGGGGCAUAAGCGAGGUGGAGAGGAGUCUACCUGUGGAUCUGACUGGUCUCGACGCAUCGCUACUCAGAAGGAGUCUAUCGACAAAUUCGGCAUGCGCCACGUUUCUGAUUGGACUGAAUGUCUUCAGGUCUGCCUUCCUGUCGACAUAUUUCAUGCUUUCGUUUUAGCUGUUGUCGUCAACAGAUCUGACGCGUUAAAAAACGCGGACGUGCUUGCUGCCAUAGAGGCCGAACUUGGCACAAAAUUGAGCCCGUUUGUUCUUUUCGUCGGUCGACUGCGACCCAUAAAGGAUCCCGCAUACAUCCUCCAGCCCUUCAUAGAAUUUUUGAAAAAGAGCAAGCAUCGAAUUCAACUCCUAUUCGUUGGCUCAAUCAACUGUCAAAAUCACAGUCGAUUCUUCAAAUUAAGGUGCGAAUCGGUGCACUGGAUCGAAUCGAUUCCACAGCCACAAGUCCACGCUCUCAUGACCGCGGCAGUCUGCUUGGUCAACUCGUCCCUCAGCGAAGGCCAGCCGCUGAGUGUUAUGGAGGCCAUGGCUCUUGGAUGUCCGGUAGUCGCUCGCAGCAUCCCCGGCAACCUUGACCUCAUUGACCAUGAAAAAACAGGAUUGAUUUUCGAUUCGCAGAAUGGCUUCAAGGACUGCUUGCAAAGACUGCUAACCGACGAGGCUCUGCGUGUCGCCAUUUCGACAAGAGCCAUGGAGAAGAUGAAGAGGCCGGAAUUUCAGCUGCACAACGAGGCUGCUGCUUACCUCGACCUGCUACGUGAACUCCAGACACGACAAACCCACUGGUAA